AUGAAAGUCUUCCUCACGGGCGCUUCUGGGAGACUAGGAACCGCCAUCAUUCCUCACUUGGUCGCUCGUGGACAUACAGUCACAGGACUGGUACGGUCCCCGGAAUCAGCCGACAAGAUCGAGCGGCUAGGUGCUAUUCCUGUGCGAGGGACAUUGGACGAUAAUGAUCUCCUUUUCGAGCAGGCAAGAUCUCACGAUGCAGUGAUUCACUGUGCCUUUGAUGGGAAAUCGGAUCGAAGUACAGAAUCAGAUCGAGAGUGGGAGAUCGUCCAACUGUUCGCUUCAGCACUCGAGGGGACUGCAAAAAGGUUCUUGAUCAGUUCAGGUGUCGCUGCGUUCAGCGGAGAUCAAGUCGCACGAACUGAACAUGACGCAUUACCUUCAAUGGGCAAGAGAUCCGAUACUGGGAACGCGGUGCUCAAACUCAAAGACAGAGGCAUCACAUCCAUUGUUGUCAGAUUGGCCACCCUGACACACGACGCGAACCUCGCACACCCAUUUCUCGGCGCUUUCGUCAAAAUGGCAGAUACAUUCGGAUACAUUCCCUAUGUGGGCGAUGGUACAAAUCGCUGGUCCGCUUGCAAUUCAGAGGACGCAGGUUUGCUCUACGUGCUCGCCAUGGAGAAAGGUGAACCAGGCAUCAGUGUCCAUCCCGUCCAAGAGACUUUGCCAUUCAGAGACAUUGCCGAGGCCCUCGCCAGACGGACCGGGAAGACCGCAGGAUCCAUCACGCCGGAACAGGCGAAGGAGGCCGGAUUCUUAGGUGGUUUCAUGGGGCGGGACCAGAAUAUCAGCUGGCAGUGGACAGAGGAGACCUUUGACUGGGAGGCCAAGGGCCAGACACUCUUAGACGAGAUUGCUAGCGCUCCUGAGGGGUGGCUCCCGUGA